UCUCUAUCCGAUUUAUCCCUUUACUUUCGCCACCGAUCAUACAAUGUCUGCAAUGGACAACCUAGUAUCCCACAUUUAUCAUGAGAAGCAGCAAGAAGGCUCCAUGCUUUGUGCUCAACACGCCCUCAACUCCCUGCUUCAGGGCAACUAUUUUUCUGCCCCUGACCUUUCGGAUAUUGCUCGGACGCUGGAUUCGAUGGAGCAAAGCUAUGAUCAGGACCGGGAGACUGGCAGCACAAACAUGGACGACACCGGCUUCUUCUCUAUUCAAGUUCUAGAGCACGCUCUCAAUGUUUGGGGCCUUAGUCUUGUUCGAUGGAGAUCGGAGGAGAUGAGGCCCUAUCAAGAGUUUCCUCACAACCGACUAGGCUUUGUGCUCAACCAAAAUCAACAUUGGUACACCUUGCGCAGGUUAGGUUCACCAGCCACAGACCCCACCAACGACACCGGUAACUCACACUGGUUCAACCUCAAUUCCUUCGAAUCAGCCCCACAGUGGGUCGGCAAGCUUUAUUUGAGCAUGUUCAUACAGCAAGCCGAGAACGAUGGGUACUCCGUCUUUGUGAUAAUUCCACUGGAUCCUGCAGCGCCCUCAGCCCUACCACAUUGCGUCGCGGACGAUAUCGCAUCCACUAUCCCGGAAUCUGCGCUAUCUUCAUCAUCAUCUCGUUCUGCCGCAAGCACCAACGAUCCUGGAGCAGUGGCUUCUCACAGCAUGGAAGGUUUUGAAGACGAGGAUAUGGAGCUCCAGGCUGCCCUCCAAGCUUCCCUCGCCGGAGGAUCAAGCACCUUCCCUCUGCCACUGACGGCUGGCUCAUUCUCCCCAAUACAGCCUCCUCAACUAGAGCAGUCCACUGCGCCAAGGGCGCCAACAUCAUCGUUGAUACCACCUGGACAGGACCCAUACGGUAACGCCGAUGUUGAUCCCGUGGCUGCAUCCAUGGCACGAAAUCGGGCUAUCAUGAACCGUAUGCGGGAGCAGCAAGAAAUGGCACUAAGGGAACAGUAUGAAGAUGAAACUGCUCGCUUUCCUCUUGAGCCGCGCGCGCGGGGUUCUCAGGGACCACAAUCCUCCGCAGAUGAAGGCAACGAAGACGAUAUGCUACGUAGAGCCAUGGAGGAGUCACUGGCUCACCAUCAGCAGCAAGAUGGUCAGGAUGACGUCGAGCCUGAAGCUUCGGUGCCGCGAAGAGCUAUGACGAACUCCUGGGGAGAUCACGGUAUAGAACGCGUCUACGAUGACGACGAUGCUGAAUUUCAAGCUGCCCUCAAAGCUUCACUUGAAAACAUGCCCGAAGGCUUUAACAUCCCUGAAAACACAAUUCCUACCCGGCCGCCUUCAUCCUCAGAGGCUCCCUCUAAUGCCACAACUGUGUCAAGCAGUAUGAAACCGCAGGAUAGCGACGGAGAGACCGAGUCAGACGCUGGUACUGCACGGACUGAAUCAGAACAGCCAGAACCAUCAGCAGAAGCCGUCGACAUGGAUGAGAUGAGGCGCCGAAGACUUGCGCGCUUCGGUGGAUAAGAAAGUAGUAUUGGACGUAAAUAGAACCAUAAUGAUAAUAAUAAGAUAGUGGCGUAAUUCCACGCCAUGUAGAUUUCAAGACCUGCGAAUAAAGUG